AUGGACCCAGAACCGCACAGCCAGACACAGGCAUUCCCGCCUUCUACCCGAGGAGACACUACGAAACACGAUGGCAAGUCAAUUGAUGCCGAACAACCACAGGCCAGCAUUCAAGCGAAUGCCAAAGUAAGCAUAUCAGUUCCAUCUGGAGCCGGUAUUGCUGAACAGAGGAUUCAUAGCGGCAGCACUGAGCUCUCAUCGCAACCAGCAAAACCCUUCGACAUCUUCAAAGACGUGUAUGGAGUUAGUCGUACACCAGGCUCCCCAGGUUCAGAUACAGAGAGCCCGCAUCGACCCAUCACGUCUCCUCUUACUCACCCCAACGGUGUCUCUAUGUUUCCGGGCCUAUCAGUUACGGAGCAGGAAGCCAUGUCUCGACAAGCUUUUGCUCAGGCCGAAGACAACAUUGUUGCCGAUAGUGACGAAUACAGUUCCAUAGGCGAUGCUGUAUCUGAUGCCGGAUAUGGGAGCGACAAUAUGAGCACUGCAAGUACAUCCAUCGGGUCGUCUGUUCGGGACUACAUGUUUGAGAAUGGCCGUCGCUACCAUAGCUUCCGGGCCGGUGCCUACAAUUUCCCCAACGAUGACAUAGAACAAGAGAGGGAGGACAUGAAACAUGCAAUGGUGAGACUUCUCUCGGGCCAGAAAUUACAUUUUGCGCCAAUAGAUGAAAACCCUCAAAACAUACUUGAUAUUGGAACUGGCACAGGAAUCUGGGCAAUCGAAAUGGGAGAACAAUACCCCAGUGCUCAUGUUCUAGGCAUCGAUUUAUCGCCCAUCCAACCGACAUGGCUGCCGCCUAAUGUUCACUUCAUGGUUGAUGAUGUUGAGUCUCCUUGGCUUCAUGCUCAGAAUCAUUUUGACUAUGUACACUCUCGGCACACGGUUCAAGCGAUCAAAGACUGGCCUCAACUGUUUAGUAAUGCUCUCCAGUAA